GUGGUAGUAGUUUUUUGGUCAGUUAGUUUUUAUGCUUUGGUGUUAUUAAGAGUAGCUUAUUUAACUUUGUUUGAGCGUAAGAUUUUAGCUGCUUCUCAAGGGCGUAAGGGCCCCGAGAUGGUUGGGUGGUUUGGAAUUCUCCAGCCUUUUGCUGAUGGGAUUAAGCUUUUUAGCAAAGAGUAUUUUACACCGCGUGUUUCUAACCCAAUUUUGUUUUUUCUUGGUCCGUGUUUUAUAUUAUUUCAUUCUUUUGUUUUAUGGAGGUGUAGUUCUGGUAUUUGAGAGUGCGGAGUUUAUUUUUUUUGGGGGGGUUUAUAUGUUUUAAGUGUGUUGAGGGUAGGGGUGUAUGGGGUGGUCUUGUGUGGUUGGUCGUCUAAUUCAAAAUAUGCGAUGUUUGGAGCUGUGCGGGCUCUAGCUCAAGUGAUUUCUUAUGAAGUGAUGCUAGUUUUUUUGUAUUUAGGCCCUUUUUUUAUAUGCGGGAGACUUGAUUUUGUAGAUGUUGAUAGGUUCCAGGCUCGAGGGUCUAACGGGGGAAUUUUGUUUUUAGCUUUUCCUUGAUGGGUCUUUUGUGUUUUAGCGGAAAGGAAUCGGGCUCCUUUUGAUUUUGUAGAGGGAGAAUCGGAGCUGGUUUCGGGGUUUAAUGUGGAGUACGGAAGGGGGGGGUUUGCGAUAAUUUUUAUUGCUGAGUACGCAAGUGUUAUUUUUUUAAGUAGCCUGACGGGGGUUUUAUUUUUAGGGGGAGGUAACAUUUUAGGGGGAAUGGGUGGGUUAGGGUUUUUGGGGGGAGGCUUGAUGAGAUCUUUUAUGAGUUUUUUAGUAGUUUUAUUAAUUGUUUUAUGUCGAAGUAGAUUUCCCCGGUACCGAUACGAUAUAUUAAUGGGAUUUGUAUGGCGGCGGGUUUUACCUGUUUUAAUAGGUGCUUUUGCUUUGUUUAUUAUUUUGGUUUAG